CUUUGGGAGCCCGUUGGACUGCUGCACUUUGGAUAAUGAAGGAAGUGACGAAUCCGCAAGACUAGGAGAGAGAGGCAAAACUCCAGAGGAGAAAAACAGAAACCAAGAUUGAAGUCAGCGUGAAGCGCAGUGUACUGAAUGAACGCGAGCGUCAUUGGCAAGAGCGCGAGUCGGCAAGAGAUCACGAAUCAAAGUUCCCUCAAUGAGAGGCGCGAGACGAGUGGAAACACCAGAUUGAUCCCUGUGUGACGCGGCUCUCUUAAAUGUUUAUUUACCAAACGUGAAAAGUCUCUGGACCUGUUUUAAAAGACUUUAUGAAUUCAUUUGUAUAUCCAGCUUCCAAAAAAUAUGGAUGAAGUUGUGAAAGUGGAACGGCUGUGAUGUUUUGAGGAGAUAGCGGAGUCUAUCUGAAGAGUCUUUUGGAAUGAGUCGAACCGCAUCAGCGACUGUUAUACCAGUGGAUUCUCCUUCUGAGAUUUAGGAUUAUCUGGAAUGUUUGCGAGGUGGAUUUCACCGGGUUCAGUUCGGUUAACUGUGUUGGUUUGGCUGCUCACGCUGUCAGUAACUCUCGGGUCUGCUUCUGAGCUGAAGGUGAGGGUUCGUUUGGCCGAUGGACAGAUCACAGAUGAACUUCUGGAAGCGGACAGUGAGAAAGACUCCAUCACUGUGGAGUUUAAACAAGGAGAUGGCACUCUUAUAACUUUUGUGGCCGAUUUCAAACAGGAUGUGAAGAUCUUCCGGGCGCUGAUCCUGGGAGAACUGGAGAGAGGGCAGAGCCAGUACCAGGCGCUCUGCUUCAUCACGAGACUCAACCACAAUGAGAUCAUCCCCAGCGAGUCCAUGGCCAGACUGCGACAGAAAAAUCCCCAGGCCAUCCGCACAGCGGAAGAGAAGAGAAGCACAGAGAUGCUGAGCAUGAACGUAGCGGUCAAUUUGACACGAACGUGGCAGCUGAGUGCCCACAUCCACAACAUGUGCAGUGUGGCCCGGGAGGCCGUGUACACGCGUGAGGCUGAUGUCAGACACUGGCUGGACAGAGGCGUCGAGGGUUCCAUGUUCGAGCCUCAAGCAGUGGAGGUGCCAAGUCUGCAGAGCUGCGGGACAGUGAAGGACCUGUGGCAGCCUUGCUCCUGUAGCUACAAUCUCAGACUGGAAUGGUACCCCUGCCUGCUGAAGUACUGUCGCAACAGGGACGUCUCCGGCAGGGGCAACCCGUAUAAAUGUGGCAUCAAAAGCUGCAGCAAAGGCUACCAGUUUACUUACUAUGUACCGCACAAACAGCUGUGUCUGUGGGAGGAAGAGACCUAGAACCACAUAUGCUUCUACAAAAACAUAUUUAAUGUGACCUUUACCAGAGGUUUCGUUCACCUCCGAGCCUUUAGACUCGUGCCUUCUGCACAGAAGAAGUUAUGCUGGAUGGGUGUGGAUGGAGUGUGAUUUGAGCUAAUUUUGUUUUUCCAGAGCAGUUGGCCACAUCUUUGAGCUGUCGACUGUGCAUUUAAGCUGGUCAGUAGUUUUAAAGCUCUUACCAGCACUGUGGAAUGAGUAUCUUUUGAGUCUUGACAUACAGACCCAAGUGAGCAACCUGUGAAUUAGUCAGAAUAUAACAAGAUGUCAUCUUAAAAUUAGCUGGAUCUCAUCAGGUUGCCUUUUUUUUUUUUUUUUUUUUUUUUCCUGAAGCUGGUAUUAUUUAUUUUGCAGUGGGAAAUGAUUGAAAACACUUAAGCACAGCGCACAUGUUCAGAGAAAAUGCCUUUUUCUCUCUUUUUUAAAGAUUUUUUUUUUUCUGUAUUCUGACUGUUAGAUUUAAAGCACUGCAUUAAGUUAAUGGUGGACAUAGACAUGCUUUGAUCAAUGUUGGUACAGGACAAAAAAUGGUACAGAGUCAUUCUCCAAAUGAUUCAAACAGAUUCAAUCAUGUGAAUUUUCUCACCUCAAGUCUUAAUGCGAGCAACAAUUUUGGAUUCUUUGGGGGUGUGUUUCAUCUUCAUAAGGAUGGACUUGUCUUUAUCGCAUUGCACAACAGUAUCAUUUAAGGUCCAGUUGGAUCAAUUUUAACUUAUAGUUUGAAGUAUGGACAUAAGUUGGGAGCAGUCAAUGCUGCAAAAGUAACAUGGGAAACCAAAGUAAUGUAUGUUCUGAAAACAGAGGGAGAGAAAGUGAGAAAACAGACUGAUGAAAUCCUGCUUAGAUUGUUGCUACUGUGCAUCCAACACUGCCAUCUUCUGGUUAUGGAACAUUACUGUCACUCAGGCGCCUCCUAUCAAUAUGACCUCAGUACAUCAACAGAGCUGUGAAACCAUUACAAAUGUGGGUUCACAUCCUUUUGUGUGGUAUCAAAUGUCCUUGAAGAUUUCACUGCUUCAGAAGUCACUUAAAUAUUCAAUAGGACCAAAUCCACAGACUAAGCUCUAAUCAUGAAGAAGAGAAACAGUUAUUGUUUCACAUUUCACUACAUUUACCUUCAACUUACCACUCUUACCAUGCGAAUGUUCACUUUUAACAUACACGUUUGACUUGGUUGUAGUUCAUUGUACUAAAAUGUUUAUACUGAUUUAUUUAAUUUUGUUUUGUUUCAAAGAGUUAAAGUGUUAUGUUAAAAGUGUUGUUUGAGAUUACACCUCCUAAACCGACAGCUUUUGUCUGGGAUACAAGUGCCUUGGUGAUUCAGUGUUUACUGAUUCUUUUUGAGGAUAAAGCUGUUAUGAAUAAAGUAUCAAAACUAUUUUCCUAUGAAAAUGAAUAUGAACAUAAUAUGAAGUAAUUUUAAAUAAAAGCUCCUUCAGCAAA